CGCAUUAAAAUGCUUUAUUUAUAUUGGUUUUCUUGACGGUAACCACAUCUUAAAAGUAAAAUUAUAAGCGUUAUUACAAACAUCAAGGAAUUAUUAGAUUAGCGAUGAAAAGUACGCGUUGUGACAGGUGAGUAUACCACAGAUUUAUAAGCAUGUACGAAAAUAACAUCAGUUUCGUUUCAGAUUUCUGUGGAGAUUAUCUGCACCGAAUGGUUAACGUCUUACAUUCGUUUUUCAUCGUAAAUGUUGCUUCGUUUAUACACAAAUCUGUGAAUAUCACCCUCAAAAAGUGCUAUCUACACAUUCUAUCAGAGUCAAAUAAAAAACCGUUUACAUAACACUUUAACUAUAACAGUUUUUUUAAAAUAAACAUUGUACUCAUUACUUAAUUAUUCUUAUAUCUAAAAAUAACUUAAACAUAUUUUUCUCUAAAUUUUUCUCUUAAAUUAAUUGUCCUAAAUUGAUGAAAUAAUGAUAAAUCGUCUUUGAUAGCUAUGUCGAAUUAUAAUAAUAUAUCGGCUAUGAAAACAUAUUCUCUUGAAUUUUUCAAUGCAAUUAAAUGGAUUCAAUUAAAUUAAAUGGAAUUAUAAAUUCAAUUAAAUUAAAUGGAAUUAUAAAUGGAAAAAAAUACAUGGCAGGAUUAGUUUCGUUGUCACAUUGAAUUCCCCACUGAAUUGCCCAUGUUUGUUGUGGGAUGACCAGAGUCGGCUGAUAAAACCAAUCAUUUCCAGGGUCGCUGGAAGAGGAGUAGGGAAGAAGUUUGCGGUCGGGAAUUUUCUUCUUUUCCUUCUUUGUCGUUGAAACAUGCCGGAUUUAUUCGAGGAAAGCAAGGGAGAGCCGCGAGAGAUUAAUGGAAGCUAAAUAUAUAACACUGUUUUAUAAACACGUGUGGGUAUCCUGAGAUAUACAGAGAACCGGAAUAGCCGGAUAAGUGUUCAGUAUUAGCGAGCAAGAGCGAGCGAUGGACGUGCAUUAGGAAGUCAUUCAUUCUACGACGUCAAGAAGAUUGCACGUCAAAGGAAAUGACAAGAUGUUUACAGAAAUUCCCAUUAGUAGUCAUCUUGUUAAUGCUUGAAGUGACUAACACUUGAUUGGAAAAAACAACAUUGUCGGCCGUAUUCGUCUAGUGAUAAACGUAUCAUUGCAUGCGUAGAAGUGUGCGCUGUUAUCAGUGCGCGGCCGCAGAAAUAACAUCAAGUUGAAGAAACUUUACACUCUUUGUUUUGUAAUUGCGCGAUUAUACUGCUAGUAUCUGUUUAUAAUAUCCAUUCAUGGCCUAGAUAAUUUCUUUAAGAAUCCAAAGGAGAGCGUAAUUAUGUCGAUUCUCAGUAAGAAGAAUUUUUUCGAGAGACUUUCCGGCAGUCGUCUGACGCGAGAGGAGCCGACGAUGGAAGCCGCCAACAACGGAACACAGUCUACUAUGAUCGGCAACAAGGAGGAAAGCGAGGACAUUUGGAUGAGUGAGAUCAGCGGCAGCAUCUCCUCUGAGAACAUCUUUGAUUCCGUCACGUGUCAUAUACCGACAUCGCCGAUGACACAGGAGCAACCUUGGAGCAAGGAGGAGGUCGAAAUGGCGUUAUCGAAUCUUCCAGGGGGCGAGGUCGCUCUGUCCCUGAUCCCUGCUCUUCAAGAAGAUGCUCUGCAAAAGGCUCUAGAGGAAUUUCAAAGUUUGACUCUAAAUAACACCGUAGACAGACAUCAUAAGAUGUCGUUGUCUAAAUUUGCAAACGGGUUUAUGCGAAGGGCUCUGUUAGACAGCGAAAAUGAAGCAGCAGCUGCUGCGACUCCGGGUCAACUACUUGUGCGAUGGUCAGACACGUGUCUACUGAUUUCUAGUUGGUUGGGUCAUACGGAAGUCGCGAAGGCUUUGCUAGAUAAAGGCGCGUCAGUUUCCGCGAGUGACUGCGAUGGAAGGACACCGUUACAUCUGGCAGCUUAUGCUGCAUCCGUAAAACUCGUAGAGGAGUUAUUGAAGCAUGGUGCCGAUCCGCACAAGUGGGAUCACGGGAAGAAAUGCACCCCGUUGCAUUGCGCCGCGGCGGUGGGUUGCGUCGCCGUCGUCAAAUGCUUGAUCAGAUCGGGCGCGAACGUGGACGCCGGAUUGUCCGGCAGGAGUCCGCUCCAUUACGCCGUGCUGAACAAUGCCGGGGAUUGCGUCGAAGCUCUACUGCAAGCAGGUGCUUGUCCUAAUAAUCCACAGGUCUACACAGAGACACCUCUGCAUGUGGCGGCUAGUUUGGGUAACGUGCAUUGCACUAAAUUGCUGUUGAAUCACGGGGCGGACGUGAGGGUGCAAUUAGGAGUCGCGCGAUCAACACCACUACAUCUGGCAGCAGAAGAGGGGAGUAUGGAGUGCACCAAGUUAUUGUUGAACGCCGGUGCGGCCUGGGAAGCAAAGAAUGCACGCGGUCAGACGGCGAUGCACCUGGCGGCGCUUGCUCAGUCUGUAGAAACGUUGGACGUAUUAAUAAGCGCCGGUGCGAAGGUCAACGCGGAGGAUGACGAUGGACGAACUCCGCUACAUGCCGCAGUCGCGAAAGCCCUGAGGAGCGGUGAACUGGUCAAGACUUUAAUACAGGCAGGUGCCUCGAUUAAUAAGCCGGACAAGUUUGGUUACACGCCGCUGCACAUUGCGGCUCUGAACGAGAGUUCGCCCACGGUGAUAAUGCUGCUAGCGAAGGGCGCCGACGUGACAGCGCGCACCAAAGGCGGCGUUACCGCCCUUAGUUUUAUUAUACGUCGUACCCCGGAGGUAUUGCCGCGUUUCGUGGCACGCUUCGAUCAGGCAAUCUCGCUGCACGAUCACGAGCUGGGUGACGUGGACUGCGAGUUGCGGCUGGAUUUUCGACCGUUGGUACCGGGCGGUCGCGGUGAGACAGAUCUGAUGCUCUGCCUGGUAGAGGUUGGUCAGGGCCACGUGUUGAAGCACCCGUUGUGUGAGAGUUUUCUCUACCUUAAGUGGUUACGUAUUCGGAAGUUCUUCCUACUCAGUCUGAUGUUUCAUUCAAUCUUCGUUAUCCUCUUCACCGGUUACGUCGGAGCAACGUAUCUUUGGCGUGUGAAACGGCUCAGCAAUGUUCUCCUCUGGCCGGUGCUGGGCUUCACCUGUGUGCUCGCGUGCAAGGAACUCUUUCAAGUCGCUCACGGUAUCUGCUCCUACGCUAAACGCUGGGAGAACUGGCUGCAAUGGAGCGUAAUCGUAGCCUCCGGCAUCAUAUUGAUUCCGUUGGGAUACACUUGGCAGUAUCAUGUCGCUGCCCUCGGUGUUUUGUUGGUCUGGAUCGAGCUAAUGAUGGUGGUCGGUCGCUUUCCCAUGUUCGGUAUCUAUGUACAGAUGUUCACCCAAGUGUCCAUCAACUUUUUCAAGUUUCUCGCGGCCUAUAUGUGCCUCAUAGUCGGCUUCUCCCUUGGUUUCACUGUGCUGCACAAGAACUAUAAGUCCUUCGCUAAUCCGCUAAUCAGCCUGCUCAAGACGAUGAUCAUGAUGUCAGGCGAGCUUGAGUUCGAAGAUGUCUUCUUCGAUUCGAAAGCACCGCUCCAAUAUCCCGGCACAGCCCACUUGAUGCUUCUUGGCUUCGUCAUCCUGGUGACAGUGAUUUUGACGAAUCUGAUGGUCGGUCUAGCCGUAUCGGAUAUCCAGGAGCUUCGCAGAUGCGCCGGUCUCGAUCGAUUAGUGCGCCGUGCCGAGCUCGUGGCUCAUCUCGAGAACAUGUUAUUCUCCAAGCUCUUAGAUCGUGCUCCGGCAUGGAGAAUAAUACGGGUGUGUAGGAGAGGUGCUCUGCUACUACGUCCACCAUAUCACUGUGCCUUGCACAUUCGGCCGAACGAUCCGCGCGAAAGACGUCUACCACGAGACCUCGUCCGCGCGAUAUAUCGCCUGAUCAGCGAGAGAAAAACGCGGCGGGCGACGUUCAGAGGCGGCAUGCCACCACCAUUGUUGCAAAAUGCGAACGUCGCGAACGCGGCGACGGAUUCGACUCACGUGAGGCUCAGCAGGAUGUACAGCACUGAAAGCAAUCAACAACAACUAAACGAGCUGGCGGUCGAGCUGAAGAGAUGUUCGUACAAUAUCGGCACAAGGCUGGACAUACUGACUGACAAGGUGGAGAGUAUCGCUAGAGACUUGAACAUGUCUCCACAUUUACGUUAAUGUUGCUUAAUUAUUGUUGUCUCACUGAGCAUUUCAAAUUAUUAAAAAAAAAAUACAUUUAUUUAAAAAAAGACCCCAAGGACCAUUAGCGAUCCAAAAAAGGAACGCGAACUUAAGACAAGAAAGAACUGCCAAGGUGCUAAUAAUAAUAAAUCUAGAAUUAAAGAUGCAAAUUGACAAACAGCACAUUCACAAUCAGGACAACUCAUGUAUUAGCUUCGCAAAUAAUAUAAGAUAUUUAGUGUAAUUUUGCUUAGU